UGCAACGCGGUGCGACUGAGAGGAAGUACUUCCGGGGUCAAAGGUGACGCCGCGAACAUGUGUGAAGUUACGGAGUAGCAGGGACUCCUUUUGCGCGUUUUUUUUUAAACCAGGUAAUAAUGAGAGCGAGGGUGCGUUUAACAUUAACGUUACUGUUGUCAGCUAUGAGAACAUUAUGUCUGUGAAUGCGUGCAAACAAGAGCUUAUCCCGCUCAUUUAUCGCCAUUUGAAGGAGUAUGGUUUCCAAUCCGCUGCUACAGAACUGCUGAGGCACAACACACAGUGUUGUGUGGAAGGAGAUUCGACGUCAUCUGCAUCCUUACAAGAAAUUUACAGUUCCUGGUUAAAGCACUCAAAGAACAGACACUCCAGGUCUAAUGGAGGUGCAUCAACCCCAGUUUCAGCUAAAGUUGCUUCCAAAAAGGAGAACAAAUCUGCAAAGAAAUUGCAAAAACAGAAAUCUGUUGCACCAAAAAGGAGCAAAAAAGAUGAAAAGGUGUCAGAAAGUGCCAUACCAGCGAAGAAGCAACAAACGGUGGUGGCUGCUUGUCAAGAUGAUUCUGGCUCUGACAGUAGUUUGGACGUAGAGAAAUGGAAGAAAAUGCUUCUACAGAUGACAGAGGUUGAUGCAGCCAAGAUAGAUAUCAUCAACUCUUUGGACUCUUCUGCACCGAAAAAGAGAGUUAGGAAAUCUCGGGCUAAGCCUAAAACUGACAUGCCUGUUAAAGAGCCAGCUAAAAAGAAGAGCAAGGAGAAAGCAGUGACACAGAAACAAUCUAAGUCAAAUCUACAAAAGAAGACCUCACCUUUGACCUCCUUGGCUUCCUUGAGCAUGGCACAAAAUCUGAUAUCAUCAGAAGAUGCGACAGCUGCGGCUUCAUCUAUCAAGGAUAAACCUGUGGAGGACGUAGCAAGCUGUGAUAAAAAGAUAGUAGUAGACGAAGUGGGGAAGAGAAAAGAAAUGAAGACUAAGAAAAAGAGAAAGGAGCCUGAUAAAGGACUUGAUAUUUUAGAGCCCAUUUUAAAAGACAAGAAAUCCAAGAAGAAGAAGAAGAAGGAGGAGGUAGGUGAUAGCAAGGAAGCUUCUGAGCUUAACUCCAAGGAGAAGAAAGCCAAGAAGACGAAAAAGAAACUUGACGGUGUGAAAAUCUGUGAGCAGGACAAUCCAGAUGGGACUGACGAUGACAAGGAGGCAAGCAGGAACGCGGAGCUGGCUCCAAGUGUGGACAGUUCAAGUGCUGAUGUGAGGGAAAACAAAUCAAAGAAGAAUAAGAGUCGUCAUGUGGAGGCAAAUUCUGAGCAGACUGAUGACCAAACGGUGAAGAAAAAAGACAAAUCUUCUCCUGAUGAGGAUCCAAUGGUUAAGACUGGAAAAGAGAACGGAAGCACUGAAGAAAGAGGAGAGCCCAACCCGGAAGUCAAGAGGAAGAAGAAAAAGGAGGAAAUGGGUGAUGGUGAGGGAACUUCUCAACUUUCAGUCAAGAAGAAGAAAUCCCACAAGAAGAAGAAAACAGACGAGGAAAGAAUCUGUGAGCAGGAAACUCCAGAGCGGACUGACGACGACAAGGAGAUGGCUUUAAGUGUGGACAGUUCAAGUGCUGAUGUGAGGGGAAAUAAAUCAAAGGAAAAGAAGAAGAGAAAGAGUCAUCAUGUGGAAAAAAAUACUCCGCAGACAGAUGACCAAACACUGAAGAAAAAAGACACAUCUUCUAAUGAGGAUCCAUUGGCUAAAAAUGAAAAAGCGAUUGGAAUCAGUGAAGAAACAUCAGAACCCAACACAGAAGAGCUCACAGUUAAAGUGAAAAAGUCCCACAAGAAGAGAAGGAAAACGGACGAUGUAAGAAUCUCCGAGCAGGAAAAUCCAGAGCGGACUGACGACGACAAGGAGGCAAGCAGGAGCGAGGAGAUGGCUCUAAGUGUGGACAGUCCAAGUGCUGAUGUGAGGGGAAAUCAAUCCAAGAAAAGGAAGAAAAAGAGUCAUCAUGUGGAGGAAAAUCCUCAGCAGACAGAGAAGAAAAAAGACAAAUCUUUUCCUGAUGAGGAUCCAGUGGAUGAAAAAGAGAACGAAAGCAGUGAAGAAACAGGAGAGCCCAACACAGAAGUCAAGAAGAAGAAGAAGAAGAAAAAACUCUGGUUUAUCGAUACACAGCCUCUGUUGACCCUGGACACGCUACAACUUCCGUCUGUGAAAAAGCAAAAGAAAAGGAAACCGGAUUCAGAAGAGUUCCCAGCAACACCUACAUGGUCACAUGACAAACCCCAGCAGCCAGCCUGACACAUCGCCCAUCCAGAGUCAAGUCACGUGUCAUAUUCAUUUUUAAUGGAGCAAGCUAAGUACUCCAGAUGUGGGAUAGUACUGACAAUCUGGAAGAUUAAACACCACCAUUUUAUUGAGAGAGAAAAAUAUGAAUGUUUACUUUAGGCACAUAUUGGUCAGCUUUUACACACGUGAUGUUUACAAAUGUCAUGCUGUUGCACCGCGAGAUUUGGCAGUCCCAUUCAGGGUCAGAAAGUGUUUUGUAAUAUCUUCAUUUGUUUUUAAUGUUGUCUAAAACCGCUGUGCUUCUUGCCACCCAAAAUACGGACUCAUGGACAAAAACACAACACUGAUAAGCAGUUUUAUAAUGAAAAUAAUUUUAAUUUUAAUUUUAAAUAUUAAUUUGCUGUUGUUGGUCAGCUGCACCUCUUGUAGAAUCUACUUUUAUACAAAUAAAAACAUGUUUUUACUAAGGUA